GUCAUAUAAAUAUGUGUUUUGAUUGAAUGGCGACACUCUGAAAUGACAAUCUCAAGUUUUCAAUCAUAAAUUCUAGAUAACACGAUUGUUAGUGAUUCGCGUCACAUAGGGAUCAUGCUUUGGACGCUUUUAGGGAUACCGCUACUUAUUUGUGUGACCACAACAAGGUGUGAUGCGCACGUUAAGUGCUCGUUGUCUGGGGGCGAGUCCGCUUGUUUCUAUGCAUACGGGAACGCUGGUGUGACGUAUACGCUCCUGGAAGACAAAACAACGGGAACGAAAGUGGAAGCAACAUUCAUGAGUUUAGCGGAGGGAAACAAAACCUUACAAGAACCAGCUGUGGACAAAGUUCGCUUUGUUAAUAAACGCAUUGAAAUGAACGUUUCAAUGAAGAAAAUCUCGAUACAGGAUAUAUCAACUGGUCAUGUGACUAAUUAUGCAUGGGAUGCUAUUGGAUACGGAAACAAUGGCGUCACUUCCGCUCCGGAUGGUAUUACGUUUGCAUCCCAACACCAUGGACUUGAGAUCAACGUACCUGGAAGCUUGACACUGCGAUUUAGGCGGUCUAUCAACCAAUUUGAUUUUGUUGUGAAGAAUAUUGAACUAAAAUCUUUAGGAGGCUUCAGCGGUGAGGUGUGCACGGCGAGGUUUAACACUGCAAUCAAGGCCGGGCUGGAGCAUAGAGAUAAUUCACAUCUGGCGGGAGAAUUGUUGGUGUUGGACACAUUCCUCGUACCAGCCAAAUUGAAGUUUGGAUGUUAUACACCGUUUAAACAAGAAGAGAAAGACAUCACAUACCUUCUGCUACAACGUCAUCGUCUGCCUGCGCACGCAUAAUAACGGCCACGUGAUAAAGCUUCCAUGUCGUUCUUUUCGUAUUUUAAAAUAUUGAAAAUGACAAGUACAUUGAGUAAUUGUUAAGAACAACUAAGCACCAAGCCGAUUGGAAAGGAAUCAUUUUAAUGGGUUGUAUUCGUGGAUUAUCCUUGAAAUAAUUUUUAUAAUCUCUGAAAUAUUCAUGAAUAAAUUGAAG